AUGGCUGGGGAGGUGGUGCAAUCAAGUGACGUCGUCGUCGAGACUAAUCCUCUCUCUGAAAUGUCCUAUGAAGAAAAACUGACCUUUGCCUCUGUUAUUGCAAAACCUAUGGCUUCUGAAAAACUCACUAAGCGUCUCGGAAAGCUAAUGAAGAAGGCGAAGAACAACGGAUUACUCGCAUGUGGCGUAAAAGACUCUGUGAAACAGAUUGUUAAAAAGAAGUCUGAAGGCAUUUUGGUGAUUGCUGGGGACGUCAAUCCAAUUGACACCGUUACACACAUUCCGCUCAUAUGCGAGUCUCAUAACGUACCCUACUGCUACGUUCCCUCACGCUUCGACCUCGGAUGUACUUUCGCAUCUACCGUUACUUCUGUAUGCGUUUUCAUCAGAAAACACGAUAGUUACGAGAAGCUAUUUAAUAAGUGCUACAAAGUCGUUGACGAGCUGCCCCUACCCAUCCACUAA